UGCUGGUGCUUGAAACGUGGGCCUUGUGUCAAAAACCCUGUAUGAUCGAUUUUCUAUAUAAAAGUGAAAAGCUUGAUUUUAAAUAUAUUUUUUUCUUCUUAAUUCUGCGAGUUGUGUGUAGAGGAUGUCUGUGCUGCUUCUCACAUGGAAAUGCCGGUAGUCUUGGUGUAGUUUAUUAAUGGCCUUUCUGCCCAUUUAUUAUGUUAACUUGUAUUUUGAGAAAAUAUAUAGCAGUGUUGCAAACCUAGCUUGAAAUAUUUAAUAUGUGGAAUUCAUUUGUCUGGAAGAUACUAAAACCCUUCAUCAGUGAUGAACUGCUUUCUCUGGUGUGUCCCAGCCUACCAUAAAUCAGCACUGGCUUUGGGCCUGUGAUGUGUAGUCUGUGUCUUUACUGAUUGAGAAGCUGAAAUUUUUUUUUUUUUUGCCUAUGAAAGUUGGAAAAUGUUUAAAAAUCACUAUCAGGGUGGCCCAUUUGUUGAAAUAUUCAGUGCUCAAGGCAAGAACCCAGGAGCAAAAUGGAAGAUUUUUGGUAAUCCAUCAGCUAUAUGGAAAGAAUAUGAUAAAGAAGUAAAAGGCUUUGUUUUUGUUCUUGAGGGAAGCAGCCAAAUUAACAAAAUGCAGCUACCAAAGGAAACUAGACAAACUUUGGGACUGAUCCAGCAAUUUCUGACACUUCAGAUUUUUGUGCCGCUGGGACAAGACUUCUCCACUGAGUUACUGGUAACUGAUUUAGGAAAUAUUAAAAGAAGAUUGUAUUUAUCAACGGUCCACAAGGAGUUGUCUGUAACCCCUCUGCAUGCAAAAAUUCCUCUGUUUACGAUCAAGCGCAAAAUAUGGUGCAAUAUGUGUAUUGACUUGGUAGCAUUCACCAGUGAAAUAUUCAGAGGAGCUGUCUUCCAGUCUUUGGAUGGAAUUAUUAUUUCAGCUAACUGUAAACUGAGAAAGAUCUUCACUUUAAAAUCCAAGCCUCAAGAUACAGCUGAGGAAGAUGGUAUGUGUGGUGUUCUGUCUAUGCGAUGUGAGCCCACAGAUGUUAUUCCUCGAACCUGCCAGCUAAAUACGGAUGUGCCACAAGUUACACAAUUGCUGAACCUGACUAAAAUUCGUGAGCAAGAAAUAAAAUGCAGCAGAUAUCCAGUAACAGUGCAAGAAACAGGUAGCUUGGUUAAUAAAGGACAAGGUAAUAUACGCAGCGGUAAAACUCAGGAUGUGUCACAUAUUGCAUUUGGAUCAAAGAUCCUUGGGCCACCUCCAUCUUCAAACAGAAGAGUCAGUGCAAGGGUAUCUGGAGAGGUAACAAAGACCUGCAGUAGCAAAAGUAAUAGAUCAUACCGACUUCAAAGUUCGGGGAAGAGAACUGAAUCCGUACAAGAUAUUGAGAGAUUGGAGCUAUCGUUCUCACCAUGCAAUUAUUCUAUAGAUCAAGGAGGCAAAAGAAAUACUUGCCAAACAACUAAAGAUCUAUGUCAAAAUGACCCUGCAAUUCAGACUCAGAAAACCUCUGAGAGUGGAAGAGCAGAUUUUCAGCUCGCCUCACCACAACGGCCAUCAGCAGACAAGAACAGUCAUAGAACACUAUCUCGAAAAAAGGCAGCCAAAAGCACAUGGGAGAUAACCAGUGAUGAAUGGGUGUUUCCAGACAGUUUCACUGAGAGUAUUCAGUUGGAUAGGAGUGAGCAGUUCGUAGCUACUGAAGCUUCAGCCUGCCAUAAAUUAACCUCGCCACAGAAUGCCUCUGUUGAACAUCACAGCAAUGAAAGAGACGAUCACCAAGUGAAUAAUAAAGAGAUUUUCACAUUUUCAUCAACACCUCGAUCAGCGCCUCAUGGGAAGUCUUCAAAUAUGUCACCAGAAUGUUGCAUUUUCCCUUUGGAUUUGAAGCAAGACAGUAACAGAGUACAUGGGAAAACCCAAAUUGAAGAUAACUUUCAAGGAACUGACAGCAGUGAAGAGGAUGACAACAAUGAAUUUGUCCAGGGUACUGACAACCCUGAGAUCAGCCGUAGCCAGCAAGGAACAUCUGAUUCAGCAGUUUUUAAAGAGAUCCCAUUAAACAGGAUGUCAUGGAAAAAUGAAUAUUGGAAGAAAAAGGAACACAGCAAGCAUAACCACGAAGAGACCGUCUUAUCAAAACCACAGAGUUCCACUGAGAGAAAACCAGAUUCUGUUAGCUCUCAGAGAAGCUUAAAGCCUACCCUUUCUCUUUCUCCAACUGGAAGUAAAUCUGAAUUCUUUAAAGUAAUUCCAAAUGAAUCUGAAAAAAAUGAAAGACGUGAAGGAGUUUCUGAUAAAUUAAAACGAUCCAUCAGUAAAAAGUCUCUUAAGAAAAUCUCAAGAGAAAAUCCACGUCUGACAACACAGACUUGUGAGUAUGACUGGAAAAACUACCAGUCAAAUAGACUGAGUUCAUCUGAACUACAGAUGCUGGCUAGCAUGAAGAGACAACAAAAUGAAGAGUUAAGGGAUACUGGGGUUUCACAUGGGCUGAGCGCGUCACAGAUAGACAACUGCAACAUUAGCAUAAGUACAAGCAGUGAUGAUACAGCAACCUGGAACUCUUGUUUCCCACCACCUGUCAGUCAGGAGCAUCACUAUCAGAAAGAAAUGAGCCCGCUUUCUCAUUCCAACCCACGGGACUGGUUGAACGCGUUCAGUCCCCCCAUCAUUCCUGGAAACCAACAACUGGAAGAGCACACCAAACCUUCAGCAAAUCAGAGUGUUCCAGGUGAAGAUGACCUCAAUGCUGAAGAAGACGAGGAAGUUUUGACUCUUUUGUAUGAUCCGUGUCUGAACUGUUACUUUGAUCCAAAUUCUGGGAAGUACUAUGAAUUGGCAUAGUCACAUCAUGAGAGGAUAUCCUUUUGUAUUCAGAUGUGGCUGGAGUGCUCCUGGGGACUGACAGUGUGUCCUUGUCCCACUCCUCACAGAUGUCCUUCCUUGGCCACUGCCAGAGAAGAGCUAUGGGCUAUGCCAGCAGCCGGUCCUCUGCACUGACCAGUAGCCGGAGAACCUCCACAGCGCAUGUACAUCCACAGUCCCAGUGCAGCCCACGGCCUGGGCACCACCGCAGCCCCUUUGUGGCGCAGGCAUCUCUACCCAAAACAUAUCGCCGUGUUUUUUGGGACCGAGCCAGGAUGAAAUCAGUGGCUAUGAUAAAAAUCUCCCUCAGUGCUGAAGUAAGCGCCUUCUGUUCAGAGACAUGCGGCUCAUGGCAUAGCAGCGACAGGGGCUUGGCACCUCUCACCAGACAUACAGCACUACUUUUCCAGCUCGUGAGCAAAGCCAACACACGCCAGGUGCUUAGACACCCGAGAGGAGCCUGUCAGCUCGCAUUGAUCCAUCACUCCGUCUCCUGCUGUGACUUCCCCUCCAGAGCCGCCUUCAAGCCACGCGCACACAGACAGAAGGUAUUUAUACCUUCCUCCACGUGAAAGGUGGGGCUUGAUAUUACCUUGUGCACUGAUCAUGUUGAAUGUAAUCAUGGGAACACUUUGCCACUGUUAGAAGUUAUUGAUGCAUUGUUUAAAAGGGAAGGAGACUUUUUUUUAUAGUCAAAUUUAUAGCUGGAGUUGUAACACUGAACCCCAGGCACAGUCCUGACGGUGCUGAGCCAUGGCAGUGUUGCCAUGGCAAGUGGCAGGGAAGCCGCGCUCAGCCGCAGCAAGGCAAGCGGCCCAGGGGAGCUGCUGCCCUGGCCUCGCUCCCUGGGACACGCUGUCCCCCUCCUCGGGCUCUGCCGGCCCAGACCCUGUCCGUGUGCACCCCGGGGCACCCACAGCCCAGAAAGCCUCAGCCACGGGUGUUUGCAGGUUCCUGCACAGACAGCUCCAGUGCAUCUGGAGCAGCCCAGUCAAAUAAGGAUAACGGCGUAAUUCAUGAAUUUGCUUCCCCUUCCCGGUCCUCCGAUACCUUCAGCUCUGCAGUCCUCUCAGCUGUAAACUCCGUACCGUGAGAUUAAAAUGUACAACUAUGUGACAUCUUAUAAACCACAUAAAUGUGAACUGGCAAGGCCCCUUAAUAAUGAAGGAUUUUGCACGAAAUCUUCAAGCACUAAUUCAGUCUCGGGGCUCUCUUUCCAUUGCAGUGGGUACGCAGUGCCAUUAGGAAACCUUGACUGAAUUAUAACCUCUUACUCUUCUAAGGCAUCUUUUUUUCUAUCUGCAACAAGGUUUUAUUUUGACCCAAUCGUGAACAUAAAAAGCAUAAGAGAUACAAAUGCACUUAGUGAUAGAUUUGUUUUCUCUGGAAAAAUGUGCAACAUUGUGAUGCUAGAAAAACAGCUAUUAAUUUGGAGGUUAUUUUAAAGCUAAUGGAUAAUUAUUAUUCUGUGGAAUUUUUUUCCCAGUGAAGAUUCUAGUUUCCUGAAUGGUCCCUUUCCAUUUGCGGCGCUGAUGUUUCUCUUCCCCUGCAUUAACAUGUUACCAUUCAGAACGAAUGGCUGUACGUUUGGCUUUAAAUUUUUCUUCCACGUUUUUGACAAUUGGGUUUUAUGUCUUGUAUAAAUCACUGUAACACAUGAUAAAGUCAAGCACAUUCAGUGCCUCUGAAUAGUUAAGUUGCUGUUUCUCCUCUGUGCAAUAGCCUAUAACUAUAUUUUAAAGCAGUUACAGUCUUUUAUCAAGCACAUGUAUUGGCAUAUUUUUGUAACUGGAUUACUGAGCAUAUUCUAACAACUCUUAAGCAGCUCUCACGGGCUAUCAUGUAAAUCCUUCUUAAUUCACGGUUUACUGACCACAGUGGUUCUGGAUGAGCAUCUGGUGCCAAUCUCCCUCCUGUGGGCAGCGUGCCACCUGCUACCACGUCUCCGUGGAAAUUCCCAAAGUUCCUUUUGAAAAACCAAUCUGUGUGUUGCAAACUGUCACCUCUUCCAUAGGAAAACCAAGCUGGGGAGGUCACGCCGUUUGCAGUGGGUUGACGAAUGGCUGAUGAACGCCCGCAGCCAAGCAGACAGAAGGCCCUUAGUCCUGCUGGCACCCCACAAGCUCGUGGGAAAAGCCUUGGUCUCGGGUGGUGCAAGGGAGUGGGAACACCCCAUUCCCAAGAGCAGGAGCGUCAGGUCCUGGGGAGACAGGAGAGGACACCCAGCACUCAGGGACGUCUGUGGCCAUAACCAGCCCAAUGGCACCUGUGUCUGCGAACCCUCCUGGAUGUCCCAAAUCAGUGUAUCGCAACACCCAGGACGCCACUUGUUCAGUGCAAUCUUCAGUCAGUGUGGGUGGAAGGGGUUUAUUUUGCUCAUUUUAUGGGCUGAUUUAUGGCUUGUUUACUUAGAUGCCUGACCCACAUUGCUAAUGUUGUAAUUAAACCUUGUUAAAGUGCUCAGGCCCCCUUCAGGCAUGUGGUGCAAUCUUUUUCCCCCUGAACGAUGAUUAUUAUAUAGGGUGGAAAAAAUGCGUGGUGAGGAAGGGUGUCAGGCAGGCUUGGUUGUAAUAAAUACCUAUUUAUCAGACAGAGGAUGUUUCGUCAUAAAUCAAAUUGUAUAUUAAAAUUGCUGAGAUUGGUGUUUACCUGUGAAACCAAAAUUACUUCAUGAAGAAAAUAAUUAUAGAUGCAGACUCUCUAAAAAAAACCAGUUGUGAGCCCUCAUUAAAUAGUUAAAAUCAAGAUGCUCCUGUGAAAGGCAUCAGCACAUCAUGCAUGGGUCGGCUUGGGGGGAUCCCUGUGCCAGAAGCACGCCAGUGGGCGGUGUGUGUUCGUACCCCGUAGAGCUCUCCCCCACAUUUUUCUGGUGCAUUGUAAUGCCUUCCAAGUUUAAGGUCUUAUAGGAUAUAAUAAACCCCAUGAAAUCAUAUUAAAUCAGGUGAAACAGGACACAAGGGAGGAAUCCUAUUACCAGAAAAGGCUGAUGAGUUCAGGGAAUUAGUGGGGUAAAAAUGAAAAUUAUAUUAAUAAUGGUUGUUUAUUACCUGUAAUGAGGCACCAAACACCCUAACGAGCAAGUCCGGAGGCACAGUGCACACCCAUGGCCGCGGUGCCUCUUCCACAGAGCUCUUCCCCUUAUUUUAAUGCAGUUUCAGUUCAGCUUAACUCAGUGCUGGAUUUGCUCAGGGACCUUUCUUCCGAGGCAGACCCAGCAGUUACUGCCAGGUGAGAGUAUCUACAGAUCUGUGUCGAUAGAGAUACUUACACAGCUAGGUGCGUGUGAGUGCCGGUGAGCCAGUCGGGAGAGCCCCGGGAUGCUCUGGAGGAGCUGCUCAGCUACACAUGCAGCACUGGAGAGGAGGUGCUGGUGGCCAGGUGGCAGCGCUGACGGCCCCCUCUGUCCCUACCCUUUGGGCAGAAAACCCCACAACGCUGUACGAAGGCGUAUUCAAGGCUCUCGCAGGGCCAGGGAGCUGCUCGCUGUCACCUACCCUGCUGUCCUCCUGCGGAUGCAGAGCCGGGAACAGGGCAGUGUUGGUGGCCCUUUCCUGUAACUCUCCUCCAGCACUGCAUUAUGAGAUGGCUCUUCCAGGAAGGAUCUCCUUGUGUUCAAGCUUUACGGCUGAGACAUGCUGGAAGCUCACCAACGAUUGCUUGGAUAUGGGCUUUUUUUAGUCAACCCUGUCUAAAAGCAGAGUAGUUCCUGAAAUAGCAGGCGUUCCUCCUGGAAGAGUUGUUUAAAGGCAUAUCUGGGAAAAAUCACUCAAAGGACAAAGAUGCUGCUGAGCCUGGGGGAGAUGGUUUGGUGUGAACCUGCUGUGCUGCGUGUUGAUGCACCCGUGCAUCCACAGCCGGCAGCAUCGGUGCAAACAGCGCUGCUCCCCAACACACAUAUUUGAUGUGCUGGGACAUCAGUGAUUCAUCAGCAGUUUGACAGUGUCUUAAAAGUUACGUUAUUUGGGAAAGACUUGUUGAGGUGUUAAAAACAGCAGCUCGCCACAGUGCGUGCAGCAUAAGGUGUUUGGAUUUCAUAAACUGAAUAAAUAUGAGUGUCUUUAGUCCGGAUUAGCACUUUCCCCUCCCGAGGAUGACAGAGCUGUGGUGAGUGACCCUGGCAGCCCAAAGGCCUUGACUCUCACCUGGUGGGGACAGUUUGCCUCAGGAGCUGCGCACCACUUCUCCACGCAGCUCCCGGAUGGAUACUCAGUGACUGUUGAUGUUGGGAAGAAAAGGGAAAAAAAAAAAAAAGCGCCGGAUUUUUCUUGUGGAGCUGCAUGAAAAAAUUUCUUUAUGGAGUUUUUCAGGCAAUUAGCCAGCGGUACCAGAUGGCACAUGGAAUCGUUCCUAAAAAUGAACUGGUCGUGGUGCUGCCCUACAUAGAAGUUAAUGGAUAUUAAAGCCACGCAGUUUUCAAAGAGAUGCCGACAGAAGUGCGGGCAGUUUGCAACCUGCAUGGCGCAGCUAUACAGUGUGUGUGUGUGUGUCUGCACACGCGCGCUCAUUAAGGAGAGUCAUUAGCUUUGGCACCGGUUCUGCAGAGUCAACCACGGGAGACCAGCUGUAAGGAGAGCCCAGCAGUGAGCUUUUGGAUGCUGCAGAACUGGCAUUUAUUGAUGGGAGAACAGCAUCUUGCACUGCCUCAGUCAUGAGGGAAUUUCCGUAAUGUAUGUUACACAAGUGCCCCUCGUGUUCGGCCAGUCUGGCCUCAAAACCUCUGGAGUUAUUUGCACCUUUGCAGAUCUUACUAUUCCCUUUAGUAGCAUCAGCCAUUCCCUCCAGGACCAAACUGCUGCUGUGAUGGCUUUGAACUGCAUCGCUGAUGAACGUCCUCCUGCGUACAGCAAACCUGUUGGGAAAACAUGAACUAUUGAAAUAUGGUAGGCAGAAGAAAGACUUUUCACCCUCUCAGACCGUAAUGCUUCAACUGUUGGUGUGUUUUCACUGCGAGGGAUGCUGGGGUCGGGGCUCCAGCACGGGGCUUCCCACUCUCUUGGGCAUCUCCUUCGGAAAGUGAGGAAGGCAACUCCAGGCUCUCGCUCAUCAAAUCCCUCAGUGGACUUGUCUUAACCAAGAGUAAAGGCUAAGUAAACACAUCUAAACAACUGAAAAGCACGUCAACAUCCAACUUCAAAAUAAAGUGCAGUGAAGUGUGAAAUUAUACCUUUUAUUCCAUAGAUCUCCAGCAACUAGCACAGUUCUAUAACUUGUAUCACGCUUUAAUACUGGCAGAGUUUAACACACCGUGCAAACCCCAUAAAAUAAUUAUAUUUCAUCUCAACAAAGAAACAAAAUCCCAGCUCACUCAGCCCCCUCUGUCUGAGGAAGGAUUAUAAACAAUUCAGUGCAUGUCGAUUUUUCCUGGUGAUAAAUCCAAAGCAGGUCACCAGUGAAAUGGUAAUGUGGGUUCCCCAGACAGCUGAUUUACAGAGAAAAAUAGAGAUGUUAUUUGGUGUCCUUCAAGGCAGCGUCACCCCGCUUUCUGAAACUUCCUGAGGUUUAUCCCCUACUUAAAAGAAGCUUAAAAAUUUAAAGCUUAACUUGAACAGACCAUUUUGGCACUUGGCGGUUGCCCCUGUGCGAGUUGGUUAUGUGCUUCACACCAGAUUCCCAUUCAGCUUUUCACAAUAAAUGAGGUUAUAUGAGUGGUGAUGAUGCUAGAAAGCCAGCAGAAGACACUCCCAGGUCCACAUUUUCCAACACCGUCCAUCAAGCCCCAGGAGUUCAGGCACUCCAAACCCACGGAUCAGGAUGGAAAUAUUUGUCAUCAGAGCUUGUGUUGGCUGCCCUUCUGCCAAACCAAGGGUAUGUCUGUACACGACAAACCACAAUUAAUUUAACUAAUAUAUCUAUUAACUGCCCUCAAAUAAAGCUUCCACACUUUAAUUAGAGCAUUGUGAUUAAAUGCAAUUAAAACCCUUAAAGCAAGUCAGCAAGGACUGCAGGCACUCUCAUUUCCAAAGCCCAGCACAACGCUACAAACACACAGGAAUGGGUAACUGAGAAUGAUGGCAAAAGAUGUCUUUCCCCACCAGGCACAACGCAACACGGCACCAGAGACUUUCUACCAUCACUGACUCAGCCUCUGCAACAGGACAAGAGGUUGGAAAGGAGACGGGACACAGAGGGAUGGGGAUGAGAGGCUAAAAAGUCCUGAAAGGGGAGAGGGAUAUGAUUACUUGCCAUGGUCUGUGUUGCUGCAUCAGCUCAAAACGCGAUCGCACCCCUCAGCAGCACCGAGCGAUGGGGCUUGGUGACAGGACAGACACAAGGGAAACUUGCAAGUACACGUUUUUUUUUUCCUUCAUUCAUUUCAAACCGCUGGACAUCAGUUUGCUUCUCCCAUCGUGUUUAUUAUUCGCAUCUCGGGCCCAGCCUUGCUUCCAUGCUUCUGACCCAAGCAAACUAUGAUAAACGUUGCACAGUGAUGGGAAACAUGGUGGGCAAAAGCCAUUGCAGCAUCGUAGCAUCUGGUGCUGUUGUAUAAAAUUCAAGGCAGACAAUGCAGAAAUAACUCGCACAAGCGUUUCUGUGCUUUUUCACCUGAUGUGCCUUGGGAAUGUAGCUCAGUUCCCAGUUCACUCCAAGAACCCAAAGACUUGAAAUGGUGUGCACAGUUGUGUUGCCAGAGUUGUGUCUUGUACAUGGAGAGGUAAGACAGAAACCAUCACGAUUGCUGAGACAGAGAGAGCGGCACUGGGCAGUAGCAGCAGAGAGGAUUAAAUUAUGCCAAGCAUCACCUGAACACAGAGUGGGCUUGGUGGAAGACAUAAAAUUUGAUGGAAAACUUUUUUAACAAAAAGUUCACAACCUUUCUAGGAGACUAUGAGCAGUGGAAGACCAAAAUGAGGCCCAAAACUGCAAGGUGAGUAGUAGUCAAGUUGCACAGGGCAAAGAAUUUUAUAAUAUCAUGAUCAAUUAUGAUGAAAUAGGAAGAAAAAACUAGAAGGGGCUCUGAGAGGCCAGGAAGUGUCAUUGGGGUGGGGGACAGCAAGGAGGUGAGCGGCAAGCAAGAAAAAAAUCAGGUUUCUAUAUAUAAACCCAAGCCAGGUCCCUCGUUCGAGGUCUGGUCAUUUCUUUUGCCCUUUAGACUUUUCAAAAAGCUGACACUAUGCUAUAACUUUAACAAGCCCGAAUCAUUCCUCCUAAUGGCACCUGUAUUCAGAUUUAUGUUCUGCAGUGAGCUGGAGUAAAAGGAGAGUUGCAAUAGGCGCCCCGCGGCACGCCGGCCACCGCAGUUCAGUGUGUGUACGGCACCAAGAAAAACCCAGCAGGUGCGAAGAGUUCCCCCAGUUAUUUCCUGUCUCGCAAUAAAGACACAGUUACACCGGGUGGUAACUCUUAGCAGAUGGUGACUUUUUAAAGUUGAUUGCUGUAGAAAUGAUACUUUCUGAGUUUGUUCCUUUUAAUUCAGAUUCUCGAUAGCGUGUUCAAAUGUCAGAGCGCAUCCUAUUUCUAUCUUUUAUUUCCUUUGUGAGCAGAAAUCUUCUUUAAGAAGUCUAGGAAUUACAGCUUGGGAGAAAAGAUAGGCUCUCUCGAUAAAAGUGAUCUACUUUACAAAUGUUACAGAAUACAAUAAAAACAGUAGAUGCAAAAAGCUCCACUGGCUUUGUUCUCAGAGGAGAGGUUUAAUUUCUAUCGCACUUUUUAAAGAGACAUUUUGUCUGCACUGUAAUGGUUUACUGGAUCGGUGAGGUCCAUUAGCAGCACAACGGCAGGAUUUCCUCUGCUGCGAGCACAGGGAGGUUGGGGGAGUGGGGGUAGAAGAUGUCUAAUUAAUCAGCUACUGCUGUAGACAAAUAAAAAUAACAGAACAGCUGAAUGAGUACCUUACUUACCCGCCAGCUGCCUUGUCGGGGUGGCCGUGUGCCAGAUGCCCGCAGCACGCAGGGUUUGGAGCUGCGCAUGACCCGGACUGGCAGCCACGGGCUUUGAGGCUGCGCUUUAGCAUCAACCAGGUUCAGCGAGACCAGAGUCAACGUACUUUGCCUUCGGCUCCAAAUCCCAACCCUGUGCAACGGCUCCCGAAGGCAAGAGGGCUGUUAUAUUGCUCCAAGGUACCUACCACCUAUGCCGGUGGGUUUACCUGCUUACGCACACUUCUUUACUCAUCUGAGCAGGGUGGCAACUCACCACGGUCCCAAAGAGCUAUACCUGUACCUGGAAGCUGCAACUAGGUGGCUUUCCUGGUUUUCUGCAAGAUGUGUGUGCAUGUUGUCUUUUUAAUAGUGUUGCAACUGGAAACCAUAUCCCCCACCUAACCUUUGUGGCAAGGGACGGUGUUCACACCAGCAUGGGCUGCUUACACAAAAUUCACAAGGAUGCAGUGCUCUCCCCCAAAGAGGAGUCCCUGCGAGGAUGGUGGGUCGGCUCCAAGGGCUUCACUCUACAUCAUCCACCAAAUCAGAAAAGAUACAUCUGUCAAUAACUACAAUAUAUUUUACUGCAAUUUGCUGCCUCUGUUGCCAGCACCAGGUGCCAGCAGCUCCCCCAGACAGUGUCUGACCCCCCCCGAGCCAUGUCCCCACCUGCAGGCUUGCAUGCUGGAUGUCCCCAUGUGUCCCACUGCUGUUCCCCACAUGAGGCAGCCCAUAAUGGCUCACUGUGCCUAAUUACAGCAAAUAGCAGCAGUUUUGGAGCAUUCAGAUGAUGCAUCCCCAUAGUCCUGCUCUGCCGUAACUGAUAAGCAAAUCUGGCCAGCCUGGCGCGCAGGAUUACUGUGCGCUCCUUCGAAUAUUGCUUUUAAAUGACACAGACAUAUCAGAACUGGCCAGAAAUAAUCUCACCCCAGUGUCCCAGCACCAAGGACCGUCGCCUCCUGCUAACACGUGAGUACUCUGGGAAAAAUGGAGGUGACAAAUAGAUGAAGCACCUAUGUGAUUUGUCUUACUGCGGACCCCUCGCCACCACGAGACAGCCCCUGUGUCCCCAGCUUGGGGCAGCUGUACCAAAAUCAGUGCCGUCGUGGCAAACCGGGGAGAUCCAAAGGGCUUUGGUGCAGCCACUGCUCUGCCCUCUGCACUUCACCUCCCCUCGGAGUCUGUGUCUUAGCCCGUUUAUUUAUUGCACCUCACUGGCAAAAAAAGGAAAGACAUCCCCUGGCCAGAGGGAAACGUCCCAAUUAAAAAGCAAACGAUGCAGUAAAACAGCAGAGCAUUCUUGAGAGCAACGGUAAAAGCCGCCACCUCUUGUCCUCAAUUUAUGCUGCUCCCAUCACCCUGGGCAUUAUAUUUGUGCUGACAAGGAUCAGUUUAACCCCUGCCUGCAAUAUCUAAUAAAAAGCUGGUGUGGUGGAAGCAUGCAUAGUCCUUCUUCAGUGUCCUAGGAAUGGGUGCAAUAAAAAAACUGCUGCUGGUGCUCAGUGGCUGCAGCCGCUGCCUGGAAUAAAUAACUCCCUGCCCGAUGCAGCAGCGGGAAGUGCUUCAGACCCAGAGGCUUCUCGGACCCUUGUCCCUUUUGCACUGUCACAGCCCAGGGUGGGCAAAUCAUGUCAAAAUAGAGAAAAAUGCCAGAAUUGCUGUGUGGGUCAGACCAAAGUGUCUUCAAUAUCUCGGGGGCCCGUGGCCUGUGGUGGGGGCACAGCCAAGCAUCCCAGCACAUCUCUGAGCACAGCAUGUGGCCGGUGGGGGCUGCCCACCACCCCUCAGUUUUUACUAGGGGCAAAGCAAAAGGAGAAGUCCCAAAGGCUCUUCCAUCGGUAAAUGACAGGAUCGUUCCCCUUCUCAUCAUUAAUUGACCGAAUCAGUGUUGCAGAGCUGGCAUUAUGCUCCGCUACGCUUUGUAAUGAAAUCACUGCCUGUGCGUAAGAAACAAAUUUAAUGAUAUGAUACUAAUAGGGCUAGAAAUUUCCCAUGCAAAUAUUAAUAAUUUAUAUCUACAUUCAUUUUUUUAAUAGUUCUUGUAGUCUCUAACAAGCAAAUACUGAGUUCUACCAGCCCCUCUCAAAGAUCGUAUCCGGGGAGGGCGCAGUCGUUACUGGGCUGGAGACAGAGUCCCCCAGCACGAUUUCACCGGAGGCGCAAAUCAGCAUUUGGGAAUCAUGUCCUGGCCUGCAACCCUGCUUUGAAAAUUAAAAGACGAGCGCUGCUUGCGUGACACCAACCGGCAACAGGAGACGGACAUUGCACUUUGGUGCUGCCCAGGCCCCUUCCCUGAGAGCUGCUAAUUGCCUCUGUAACGAACCUGGGUGAAAUUAGCCCAGGGGUCACAGGUCACACUGGGCACCUCUCUGUGUUUUGAAGCAGCAGGCAGCAAAAGGAGCAACCUUUGGGCUGCA